AAGUGGAAGAAUUGAAAUCACAAAUUUAGUAUUUUUCAGAAUAUUGUCAAGCCUUGACAGCUAAAAAAAAACCUUUUAAAUGACUAUUAACACAUUUAGAGUGUUGAAAUUUCUAUGAUUCGAAGAAACAUUACAGUGGCAUUUGAGAUCCAUUAGUUUCAGGAAUCGAGUGUAACAGAUCAUUAUGACGGUAUCGAGAACUGGGUGCAUACAUCUCAUUUAUCAGUUCAUCAUACUAACCAUGCUCGUCAUGUUUAUUGGAUAUGAUGAACUGCUAUCGGAAAGGAAAUACGUUUACCUGUCAAUUAUAUGCAUAUUUCUGCUCGCACUAAUGAUCCUGUCUUGCUAUACCGAAUUGCUACCGGUACAAACGUGGAUCUCUCAGUAUUCUCCGUCUUCUGAAUCUCCCGACGAAAGCCGUGAAGAAAGAGGUUCAGUAACAGAACAUCCGAAUGACGCUACUCGAGCGAAAACAGAUACUCAGCAAGAGGAUAAGCCCGAAUCUUUAAAUAAGCCUCGCAUUUAUAGACUGCGAAAUUGGAAGAAAGAUGGCCCCAUUGAAAAUAAAUCGAUUAAAAAAGCUCCUAGUAUUUUUGACGCGUCCAGCAUAGUGCCGAUGGAAAAUAUUAGAGAGUACAACUUUGGAAAUCACGGUUCCACAGAAUCCGACUUGACAAAGCGGUAUUACUUUCCUUUUCGUCAAAAAAGAUUGGAAGAGUGGGUGGAUUCAAAAGAAAGCAGGCCACAUAAGAUUCGGCCUUGGAAAUCGAACCACCAAGAAAAUUCUACGGAUUCUUCUGAAGUUUCAUCAACUAAGAAUCCUGAUCAACCGGCCUCGACCGAAAGUCCUCAAAGUCCAGAUUUGAGUCUUCCGAAAAGUUAUUCAUUUCCAUUCCGACGGAAAAGACUGGAGCACUGGAUGGAAAUUCAAGAGAAUCAAAAAGAAAACCUAGAGAUAACUUCCAGCUUACCACAAUGGCAAACAAUGGAUUACUCUGAAUUCGACCCUGAGUUCAGAAUGAGAAGAUCUUUAUCUGGUUCAGCCCUGAAUUCAGAGGAAUUAGAUUCUGAAAAAAUCGACAAAGAGAAAGAUUUUAGUCAAUCAGUGGAAGUUACUUAUGUUUCGAACGCAACCGAUUCCACUGCGCCGGCGUCUCCUUCAAAUGCCAUCAAUAAAAUAAAAGCUGGAUUCAAAGAUUAUUUUUCCAAGAUGAAGAGAGAAAGCUUUAAAAAUAGUACUUCAAAAGGAGACAGCAAAAGACGACAUUUCAGAAGUUUCUUUCAAUCCAAAGAAAAUGUUUCUUUAAAUGUGAUCGAGAAAAAGUCAUCUAAAUUACCAUUAGCUGAUGUAUAUAAGUUCUAAUGGCAUUUUCAAAGAGCCAAAUGAGCUCUAAAAUACCACAUUUGUCACAAUCGUUUGGAUGAAUAUAGAGUAUUUACGUAAAAAAUGGAUGUAUGGAGAUGUAGAAGAAACACGGAUUUUAGAGUUGAAUCGCAGUUAAAUGAAGCAAAGGUUUUGAUGUAUGGUUAAAAUCAAGCGAUCUGUACAAUUAGUGAGUUUCAAAUUUAAAGCUGAUGGUGACGAUGGAAAGCGCAUCGAAGGAUUUCAAUUUAGCGCGGCUUUGUCUUUCUAAGCAUAUUUCAGUUGGAGAUUCACUUCCAUGUUUAACUUGAAUACUUGUAUGAAGUAUUAAUAUUUACCGCAUUAUGUCUGCUUUAGAUUUUGUGGGCAUCGCAUGUAAUAUGAGAGAUUUGAAUGAAACAAUUUAGUUGGUGUGCUUUUGUAAUAAAUAUUAUGCACAUAUUUCUUGUUAAUGGGAAAAGUUUUUUAAAAAUUGAACUUUGAAAUUUUAUUUACCUUAACUAUUCGAAAAGAUUUUCAUUGUUUUGUAGAACUUAAAAAUCUUAUCAUAAAUGAAAGCUUUAUCUAUCGGGGAUUAAUAAUAUCACAAUUUAAGUAUUUUAAAGAAAUGAAAGUUUUCAUUGGAAUUUUUUUUCUUGUAGGACUGAUUUUUACAGUUACCCCUACCUUGGAGUGGAAUCAUGAAAUAGAUGCACAGUAAAAUUUGAAUUCUAAAUAGUUAUAAAAAGUCGACUAAAAUCGAAUUUGAAAAAUGAUCUGUGAAUGAAAUUUUUUUUCAAAGAAAGUCGAUUUUAUCAAGUUCUAAAUUAUUAAUCUACCAAUAAAUGCGAGUGGGGAUCAAAAGUGCUGAGGGCACUUCGAUUCCUAAACAGAUCAUAGUGAUAAGCAAGUCCAGCUUAAAUUCUUCCUUGCAUGAAAGGUUUCGAGUUGGGGUACGAAAUGAAUGAAAAAAAAUUUUGGCAGCGAGAGCGAACAAUUGCCGUUAAAUUUGAAUAGGGGGAUUUAUAUAUGUCUUUGAAAAAUGUUUUUAAAGACAUGCUUUUAUCGAUGCAUAACAAACUGAAAUUAAUUUUAGCAUUUUUAACUUUUAGAUUUUAAAUAGUUUUUAAGCUUUGAAAGAAGUUUACUGUAAAUUAAUUGAAAUUUUAAUCACAUUCAUAAAUAAUUUUUAUGAAAUGUUCUUAUAAUUCAAUUUCGUUUUCUCCUAUUGUGGUCGUUCCUCACGGUUUAUGUUAUUGUAAUGAUCAGAUGACUUUUGAUAAAUUAUUUCUACUUUUUAGUGGACUAAUAAAUGUGUUUG